AUGGAGUGCGGAAAGAGAUUCUCUUUCAAUGCAAAACUUAGAACACACCAGCGGACUCACACAGAGAGAAAACAUUUUAAGUGCAGGGAGUGUGGGAAGAACUUCAGUCAGAGUGGACUCCUUAAAUUGCACAAACGGACUCACACAGGGGAGAAACCAUUUACAUGUCUGGAGUGUGGAAAGAGCUUCAAUCAGAGUACACACCAUAGAAGACACCAACAGACUCACACAGGGGAGAAACCAUUUAAAUGUAUCGAGUGUGGAAAGAGCUUCCGUUGUAAUACAAGCCUUAGAUCACAUCAACGGACUCAUACAGGGGAGAAACCAUAUAAAUGUAUUGAGUGUGAAAAGAGUUUUAGUAAUAGUGGAAACCUAAGAAGACAUCAACGGACUCACACAGUGGAGAAACCAUUUAAAUGCAUGGAGUGUGGAAAGAGCUUUAGUGAUAGUGGAAGCCUUAGAUCACAUCAACGGAAUCACACAGGGGAGAAACCAUAUGAAUGUAUGGAGUGUGGAAAGAGCUUCAGUCGAAGUGGACACCUUAAAAUACAUCAAUGGACACACACAGGGGAGAAACCAUAUAAAUGUAUCGAGUGUGGAAAGAGAUUUAGUGAUAGUGGAAGCCUUAGGAAACAUCAACGGACUCACACAGGGGAGAAACCAUAUAAAUGUAUCGAGUGUGGAAAGAGCUUUAGUCAGAGUGGAAACCUUAGACAACAUCAACGGACUCACACAGGGGAGAAACCAUAUAAAUGUAUCGAGUGUGGAAAGAGCUUUAGUGAUAUUGGAAGCCUUAGGAAACAUCAACGGACUCACACAGGGGAGAAACCAUAUAAAUGUAUCGAGUGUGGAAACAGCUUUAGUAAAAGUGGAAACCUUAGGACCCAUCAACGGACUCACACAGGGAAGAAACCAUAUAAAUGUAUCGAGUGUGGAAAGAGCUUUAGUCAGAGUGGAGACCUUAGGAACCAUCAACGGACUCACACAGGGGAGAAACCAUUUAAAUGUGUGGAGUGUGGGAAGUGCUUCAGUUUCAGUGCAAGCCUUAGACAACAUCAACGGACACACACAGGGGAGAAACCAUUUAAAUGUAUGGAUUGUGGGAAGUGCUUCAGUUUCAGUGCAAGCCUUAGACAACAUCAACGGACUCACACAGGAGAGAAACCAUUUAAAUGUAUCGAGUGUGGAAGGAGCUUCAGUCGGAGUGGAAAUCUUAGAACACAUCAGCGGACACACACGGGAGAAACCAUUUAA